GCUUGCCGGUGCGAUUUGGCUGCCUUUUCGAGCGGUGUUUUUGCUGUGAUUGUGCUGUGAUUUGGCUGCGUUUUUGCUGCUGUCUUGCUUUUCUUGUGGCAAUCCCGCUGCUGUCUGUUGCUCUUGGGCUUCUGUCUCUGGCUGUGGCAGCUCUGUAGAUAUUGGCGGCUGUUUUGGCUGCAGUUUUCGCUGCAGUUUUCGCUUUUUUUGGGCUGCUUUUGGGCUCCGCUUUUGCACCUCUGUGGGAUGCUAGAAAAAUUCAGGAGACGCCGGGAUCAGACUCUGCUGCUUCAAAAGCACGGGCGGAUUGUGCCGUUGAAUGGGCGUGUUUGUUUGGCGGCCGGUAGGAAAAACAGGUGGGAGCGAAAAAAAUUCAUGCGAGCGACGGCUCCUGGAUUUGGGUGCAACACGUUCGACGCCGGAUUCGGGGGCGCCGGUGCAGCGCCACGUUUCGUAUACUCACAUAGUAUUAUCUCUAUACAAAAAACCCGGCGGCAGAGCAGCAAGACCACGCAAAAAAAACUGUUUUCCUCCCGGCGCCUCUGCGGGCACCACUCUCGGCGCUUCCGCGGGCCUGCCACGCGCUGGGGGGCCUGGCGCCGCCUCGCCGCGCUUCAACCCGCAGUCAAGAUGCGCAGGGGCAUCGACGGGACCGGGCUGGCCACUGAUAUGGAGACAGGCUUCCACCGCCAGCGGCACACCCAGCGGACGCAGGCGCGGAGCACGACGCGUUUUCCCGCGUUCUUCUUCCGUCAUGCUCUUGGCCCCACUGCGGUGGGGCCGGAGGACGUUCGGGCACCCGAAAACGGAUCCUGAUGCAGCAAAUCGAAGCGCGGCUCUACCAUCCAGACGCGUCUCAUGGGCGCAGGGCGCAGGCCACGGCCGCGGCCAGGGCAGCGCUACUUGUCUCUGUGGCUGGGCGCAAAGGGCCAUGCCGGUCUUCUGGCCCUGCAGCGGCGCUAGUACAUGGAUCUGCGUGUUUGAUGCCACGCGUGCUGGGCACACGACAGUCGAGUAUGCGUCCACAGGCGCCGGGUGCCCAGGCGUCCAUCCGCAGCGGGUCUUUGAUUGUGCUUGCGGGCGCGGCCGGGAGGUGUGUUUGUGGCCAUUGCGCGUGCUGGCUCGGCUUCAGCCUGGGCCUAAAGAUCGCCGUUGUUUGUGUCGUGCCGAAUCUGGCCACAUCUCUCCUGGCCAUCCGUGGGCGGCUAUCGAGCACAUGCCCUGAACCCGCCAAGGGUGUGCACAAGCCAGCGGGAGUCUUCCAUGUAGGAGGCACUGGCACGUAGGUGUACACAGCCUGCUUGUGCGUUUUUUUUUUCAAGUCAUGUGGCUCGGAGUUUGGUGGGGCGAAAAGAAUAUUUUGGGCUGGGGAAAAGAAGUGGUGGGGACAAAAAAGGGAGUAGGGGUCAGGCGCGGACCCGCCCCUGAUUGGUGGUUCGCGCACGCCCUUGGCCGCGCGCGCAGAUUGACAGGCGCGGUGCUUGCUUAGUAAAAGGUCGAAAUUGCGGUCUGUUGGUAGGGGCUCAAUUGAACACCUUUGUGUAUUAGCAGGAUUCGUUGUUGUGCUUGCCGUGUAGAGAUAGGUCCUGUUGUCG